AUGAACAGCUCCCAGGCAGGUCCAGCGGCUGAGGCCGCCUGGCUGAGCUGCUGCAACCAGUCUGGGCUGUUGCUGGAGCCCUCUGAGGGGCCGCGUGUGGUGCAGACAGCGGUGCUGGGCGUGCUGUCGCUGCUUGUGUUGUGCGGGGUCCUGUUCCUGGGUGGCGGCCUGCUGCUCCGAGCCCAGGGCCUGACAGCACUGCUGGCCCGUGAGUGGCAAGGGUCCCACGAGGCUGAGACUGGUGGCAGCACAGGUGAUGAUGACUCCUAG